CCGAGCAGACGUUGAGUUCAAAUGGAGAGUGUGACGGUACAUUUAGUUCUGUCCGACUAACAAGUCGUCGAGGUCAGCAGCUCCAAAAGGGACCGGAGAGGCGGUGGCAGGUUAUCAUAUUGAGUACAUGUAUCGUUUUAAGGCACGUUUACGGAGAUUUGUGUCGGUCCUCUUCAUCGUCCACACAUAGCGGGCUAACGUUAGCUAGCCAGCUAAUGUUUUCGUGUAGUCGUUUGUGUUUAAGUGACAACUUUGUUAGUCUGUAGCCAUUUUCCCCGCACGUAGGUUUAUUUCUUAAUUUGUUAUCUAGCGACGUAAAGUGACAUUAUUCAGUUUAUAUACCAGAUAGCAUAUCUGAGGCGGAUUAGUUCAUUCAGACUUCGCGUUGGCUAACGCUAGCUAGCAUAGCUUAGCGCUCCCGUCCCUGAGAGGGAAACAAACAAACAAACAAACAAACAAACAAACACGGCUCUGGGACUGUAGCCAUGCUCCUGUCUCAAGCCGAGCUGUGGGAGGUCUGUGCGGGGUACAUUUCUAGACGCUCCGCGCUGGUCUUCACCGCGGUCGCCGCGUCGCUUUGCUGCCUCUGGCGUAGCAAAGGGCAGGUGCCCACGCUGGUGUGCUCCGACGGCUUCCGCGCCUUCCUGCAGAGACACUGCCCGGUCGUCGCGGAGCGCUUCUCGCCCACGCCGUGGUGCUGGGGUGGUCGCAUGCAGACGCUCGUGCGGGUGCUCCUCAAGACCAACCCCGCGGUCACUUACCGCAACGAGCUGAUCCAGACGGGAGACGGGGGUCAGCUCUCGCUGGACUGGUUCGACAACACAGACAGCGCGCGGUACCCACAGUGCUCCUCCCGCCCGACCGUGCUAAUUCUGCCCGGGCUGACGGGCAACAGCCAGCAGACGUACGUCCUGCAUGCGGUCCAACAGGCCUCGCGGCACGGAUACAGGUGUGUGGUGAUGAACAACAGGGGUUUUGGAGGAGAAGAGCUGUUGACUCCCCUUACAUUUUGUGCUGCCAACACAUCAGAUGUAGAGACAGUCGUCAACCACGUAAAAGGCCUCUUCCCGCAAGCGCCUCUUCUCGGAGCCGGGGUGUCUCUCGGGGGCAUGCUGUUGCUGAAUUACCUGGCUCAUAAGGGGCGGGACGCCAAGAUCAUUGCCGCACUCACCAUGUCGGUGAGCUGGGACUCGUUUGAAUCCUCCGCCUCCCUGGAGCAGCCAAUCAACAAACUGCUUUUCAAUCGCCACCUCACCAGCAACCUGUGCCGUGCCGUUAAGAGACACAGAAAGAUCCUGGAGAACGCGAUCGACGUGGACUACGUGCUGAAGGCUCGUACCAUCCGUGAAUUUGACGAGCGCUUCACCUCGGUGUUGUUCGGCUACAAAUCCUGCUCCGACUAUUACCGCGACGCCAGUCCGGGCUACAAGCUGCCCCGCACAUCGGUUCCCGUGCUCUGCCUCAACGCUGCGGACGACCCCUUCUCUCCGGAACAUGCUUUCCCAGUAACCGCAGCCCAGCGCCUGCCCAACGUGGCUCUGCUGGUGACGUCUCACGGAGGCCACAUCGGCUUCCUGGAGGGCCCGUUCCCGUCCGGUGCCGGCUACAUGGACCGCCUGUUUGGCCAGUUCGUGUGGGCUGCGUUCGAGCACUCGGCCGACCUGAGGGCAGCGUGCGGUGUCGGCGGCGAGACCGCCGAGUGAUGGAGACGCCAUACGUUAAACAAACAGUUUUUAACCAAUCACCAUUCAGCUCGGCGCAAUAGAUUCGGGUAGGCAGGAAAUGGAGGGGAAAAAACUCAUUUGCAACCAAGGGAGGUUUCACCCAAAAAUAUUCACAAUUUUGCGAUUAUUUUCUCUGUAAUAUGCGGGGACGCGCGGUUAAAUCUGGAAUGAUUUUGAUCCUGUGUCUCUGCUGGCCUGCCGGCCUCGCGAGACAAACAUGACAGUGUUUAAAAUUUUAGGUGAAAUUUCCCUGUGAACAACUAAUGAUAUGAAAAUAAUGGUAAUAAUAUUUAUUCAGAGUUACAUUAGCUAAUAAGACACUCAGGACAUUGAUUUAAUAAGUGUAAUAAAAAUGUCGAUUUAACACAAUUUAUUAUGAAUUGGCAAUGGUAAAUCAUGUCCCUGUUUUAUGUGAAAAAUAUUCAGAUGUUUUCAGAUGUUUGAAGAAACUUGACUGUGUGUGUGUGUGUGUGUGUGUGUGUGUGUGUGUGUGAGUAUGAGAUCUGAAUUUGUGUCCAAUGAAGUGGAAUGAAAUUUCGAGUAAUCUGUCUUGUGUUAAAUGGAUUGUCAAUCAGAAUGUUCGCAUGUCAUGGUGACGGGAGGAGAGGCGGGGUUGCAAUCAGAUCGUUUGCAUGUCGUCAUGGUGACGGGAGGACAGGCGGGGUUUAUAAAAUGUACCACCAUCACGUGUGUUUACAUGUGCGUAAGGCAACAAAUCAGAAUUUCUCAGUUUGCACUUUGGAAGCACAACAGUAUUCACUGAUCCGUAAUAAUUCUCCCUUUUAGUGAUGUCGGUUUGAAAUGCCAAGCUUUUAUUGUUUCUAGCUUUUAUUUUUCAAGAUAUUGUGACCUCAAAAGCACGAUCGAUGAAUGAAUGUACACAUCUCAAAAAUGAGACUUCAUAGGGUCCAAGAGGACAUUUUCCAGAGCCUCCACAGUGUAGUUAAACUACCGAUGUUUGAAAAUUGGGGUAUUUGUUCGAUUAAGUGCUUCUGGAGUUCAUAUUUUGAAAUAAUUGCACUUUAUUAUUACUAUUUGCCAAUAUAUUGAACAUGAGCAUUGAGGACAUUAAGUAAUUAAGAUAUUAAGUACGAAUGAUCUUGCAAAAAGAUACAGACAAUUUCUGUAAAACCAGCAGAAACGCAGAUGCAUUCUUGAUUAUUUGAAUGAACGUUUUUAUCGAAAUUGCCCGAUCCGCCUUGUCGACGGUACCUUAGUGAACUUUACCAGCGUUACUGGCUGUUUUAAUCCGUUUUAACGUAAUGGAUUUCCAGUAUGAUCUAAACGACAUGCCCAGGAAUCUACAUGUUAUGAGUGUGAGCCACGUGUGAACAGAGAGCGAAACGCACAUUUGAGCCAUUAGCUGUUCCUGGGUCAGCUGUGCCAUAUCGGCCUGAGGGUUUGUGUGCAAAGGUGCAAGGAAAAUACUGAUUUGGGAUCAGCUCCAGGAUUGCACAGAGGGAUUGAUAAAAAAAAAAAACAACAACCCACACCUACUGGCCAGUAUUCACGUUUACUAAGAAAUCUUUCUUUUACAAUUUUUUAAUAUACUGUUUUUCUAAUGUAUUUUGAAAUUAAUUGUUUUGUUUCAGUUUAGGUUGUUUUUUUUAUAAUUUCUGAAAAUGUACCACUGCCUUGAUACUCUCUUGAUUCAAAAUUUGUUGUCUACACAAAUAACAUAUUGAUAACUUGAAAUGGUGUAGAAAUUCUAUGUACUUUUUAAUCUUCUGACGUUUUUAUGGGUUGACCGUAGUGACUGUGCUGACCUUGGUCAGAGUGGAGUAACUCGGGUUUCCACGUAAAGGUGUUGCCGUCCGAUUAAUGUCUGAUCUGCUGUUCGGACGUCAGCGUAGUUUCCCGUCUACGCUGCACGGCGUGUCACCGUGGAGACCACAGCUGAAGGCUGACCAUAAACCAUCAAUAAAAAGCUUAAAAUAGA